UCCUCCUCCUCCCCCCCUCCCUUCCCCAUCGGCCCUUUGCAGCGAGCCGAGGCCGGGCUGGGCGGGCAUGGAGGCGGCUGCUGCAGCCGGAGGAUCCGUCUCGCAGGAGGGCUGGUUCCGCGAGACCUGCAGCCUGUGGCCCGGGCAGGCGCUCUCCCUGCAAGUGGAGGAGGUGCUGCACCACCAGCGCUCGCCCUUCCAGGAGAUCCUGGUCUUCCGCAGCAAAACCUACGGGAACGUCCUGGUUCUUGACGGAGUUAUCCAGUGCACCGAGAGAGAUGAGUUUUCCUACCAGGAAAUGAUCGCCAACCUCCCGCUCUGCAGCCAUCCAAACCCCCGGAAGAUUCUGAUUAUCGGUGGUGGCGAUGGAGGAGUCUUAAGAGAAGUAGUGAAGCAUCCUUCGGUUGAGUCGGUAAUACAGUGUGAAAUUGAUGAGGACGUGAUCCAGGCCUCUAAGAAAUAUCUCCCCGGCAUGGCCGUGGGCUACUCCAGCCCGAAGCUGACGCUCCACGUUGGGGAUGGCUUUGAAUUCAUGAAGCAGAACCAAGAGGCUUUUGAUGUGAUCAUCACCGAUUCCUCGGAUCCCAUGG